ACUUCAAACGGCGACGGUUUAACUCAUGAAUAUUAAUAGCGAAAUCUCCGCCAUAGUAGGAAUAACAAUUUCGCUUCCCGGUCGCGCACGGAGCGCCGCCGCCGCCGUGAUUGCUGCGAAACGGGGGAAGAACGAGACGAGUUGACCACACUCACUCUUUCUGACAUCAAAGUUACACCAUUUUUUCGUUUGAGUCAUGUGAGGGAGCUUGUAAUGUCAACAGAGCAGGAUAAAGAUUCAUUCUCUCUAAAACGAAACCGAGGAGGUGAAGGUAGUCUGGAUAUUUUAGGAGGUCCUGGGCUGCUUCUGGGAAGCCCUGAUAAAAAGAGACGCAGGUCGAGCACACAGGCACCGUCCUUCUCUCCUCUGUCUGAAUAUGCUCCUCCACCGAACCCCAGCUCAGAUCACCUAAUAGCUUCCAACCCUUUUGAUGACAAUUUCAGCUCCCCAUCCCUGAAGCCGCUGCCUCCUGCUAACCCUUAUUUCGGCCACUCACUUUACCCAGGGUUUAGUGGCUAUGGGCCACCAAGGAUGGCCCCACAAAUGUCCAACAGGAUGCCUUCUCCAUACGGGGCUCCUUACCAGAUGCGAAACCAGCCUAUGGUUUUCAACCGGGCACCGGGAUUUAACUACGGUCAUGCCGAGAACCCGCAUUACGGGCAGCAGUUUGGUGGCGGAAACAACAACAGCAUGCACUUCAGAUCAGAGCAUGUCAAUCACAUGCCUCUUCAAAACCUCAACCAAAGCGGUAGUCCUGAAUGUGGUUUCGGUCCAGAGGGGAAUCCAGCCCGGGAUAUGAGCCCUCAGCAACAAAACAAGUCCAGCACGCCAGCGCCCAAACAGGACCCGAUUGAAGCCGUGAACAAAAACGCCACGCAAAACCCCUCGCCACGGAAGCAAAAUCAAAACUGUGAAGAGAACACGCCUCAGGACAACACGGCAGAGCUGAAGAUGAAGGGACCGGACGGCGGAGCGGAAAAACUCAACGGCGUCCUUCACUCCAAUAACGAACCCUCGAAGAAGUCGUCAGAUGGCGCGGCGGAUAGAGCUCGCAGAGGAGCCGGAGCUUUGACCAAUAAUAAAGUCCUGAACAGGAGGAGCACGUCCUCUUCGUCCGAGCCCGUCUACCCGUGCGGGAUAUGCCUGAGCGAGGUGAACGAUGACCAAGAGGCCAUUCUGUGCGAGGCCUCGUGUCAGAAAUGGUUCCACAGAGUUUGCACAGGGAUGACCGAGACGGCGUACAAUCUACUUACGGCGGAGACGUCUGCGGUUUGGGGCUGCGACGCCUGCAUGGAGGACAAAGGAUCGCAGCUGCUCAAAACCCGAGAAGUAUCGGGGACGCCUUCUGUUACCGGUGAAGGACAGUCGUGAGUGAGACUGACGGCGAGGAGUCGCUGAGGUCGAAGUCCAAAUUAAUUGUUUCUCUUCUGUUUGAACUGAGUUCCAAAGUUCUUCUUUUGAUUCUACUCAAAAAUAUUUCACCCAAAAUGAAAGUUCUGUUAGAGUUUACUCACCUUCCUGUUGUAUAAAAUCAUUUUUUAAAUAUACACUACUGUACAAAUUUUUGAUCUAAAAUACAGUAAAAACAGUGAAAU